CCCGGGUGAAAGGACUACAGCAGCGGCGGCGCUGGGCGUGGCCGGGCUCCAGGGCUGGUGGCCGCGCGGCAGUGGGCCUGCGAGAGACUGAGAAGCUGCGCGCCGCUCCGGCUGGGUGCGGCGGGGCCGGCCGAGCGGAGUCCGCGCGCGCCCGCCCUGAGCUGCCAGCUCCGGCGGCUGCCCUACUAGCCCGCGGCAACGUCGCGCCGGGGUCUCCAGCAUGACGGAGCUGAGGCAGAGGGCGGCCCGCGAGCCGGACGCACCGCCCGAGGACAAGGAGUUGGAAUCUGAAGCAAAGGUCGAUGGAGAGACUGCCUCGGACAGUGAGAGUCGAGUGGAACCUGCUCCCCCGCCAACCUCUGCAGAUGAUACCCCGGAGGUCCUCAACAGGGCCCUUUCCAACUUGUCUUCAAGAUGGAAGAACUGGUGGGUAAGAGGCAUCCUGACUUUGGCCAUGAUUGCAUUUUUCUUCAUCAUCAUUUACCUGGGACCAAUGGUUUUAAUGAUGAUUGUGAUGUGUGUUCAGAUUAAGUGUUUCCAUGAGAUAAUCACUAUUGGCUACAACGUCUACCACUCCUAUGAUCUGCCCUGGUUCAGGACUCUCAGCUGGUACUUCCUACUGUGUGUAAAUUAUUUCUUCUAUGGUGAAACAGUAACGGAUUACUUCUUCACUCUGGUCCAGAGAGAGGAGCCUUUGCGGAUUCUCAGCAAAUACCACCGUUUCAUUUCCUUUACUCUGUAUCUAACAGGCUUCUGCAUGUUUGUGCUGAGUCUGGUCAAGAAGCAUUAUCGACUGCAGUUCUACAUGUUUGGCUGGACCCAUGUAACCUUACUGAUCGUUGUGACCCAGUCACACCUUGUUAUUCACAAUCUGUUUGAAGGAAUGAUCUGGUUCAUCGUUCCCAUUUCCUGUGUCAUCUGUAAUGACAUCAUGGCCUAUAUGUUUGGCUUUUUCUUUGGUCGGACCCCGCUCAUCAAGCUCUCCCCAAAGAAGACCUGGGAAGGCUUCAUUGGGGGCUUCUUUGCCACUGUGGUGUUUGGCCUCCUGUUGUCCUAUGUGAUGUCCGCGUACAGAUGCUUCGUCUGCCCCGUGGAGUACAACAAUGACACCAACAGCUUCACUGUGGACUGUGAGCCCUCAGACCUGUUUCGCCUGCAGGAGUACAGCAUUCCGGGGGUGAUCCAGUCGGUCAUUGGCUGGAAAACGGUCCGGAUGUACCCCUUCCAGAUUCACAGCAUUGCCCUCUCCACCUUUGCCUCGCUCAUCGGCCCCUUUGGAGGGUUCUUUGCAAGUGGAUUCAAACGAGCCUUUAAAAUCAAAGACUUUGCCAAUACCAUUCCCGGCCACGGAGGCAUCAUGGAUCGCUUUGACUGCCAGUACCUGAUGGCCACCUUUGUCAACGUGUACAUCGCCAGUUUUAUCAGGGGCCCUAACCCGAGCAAGCUGAUUCAGCAGUUCCUGACCCUACGGCCCGACCAGCAGCUCCACAUCUUUAACACGCUCAAGUCCCACCUGACUGACAAGGGGAUGUUGACAGCCGCCACAGAGGACGAGUAGGGGCCGCCUGGGCCGGGAGAGCAGGAGCAGGACUGAGCAAGGGCCAGGUCUCAGGCAGGCCCAGCUGCUGUGUGACUUAGACAAUGACAAGGCUUCAACUCACUUUUUUUUUUUUUUUUUUGGCGGAGAAUUUUUUUCAUUGUGGGUUAAAAAAAUCUGUAUAUAGAAUCUGUGUGUUUAUGAUUUGGAUUGUGAGUGAACUACAGCUUUGAGUUGGGAUGAAGUCACAGGUGUAAACAAACCCAUUUGGGUUUUUUAAACAAAAGUAACAAUCUGGAAGACUGUUGCCCAGCUUGAGAGCAUCUGCUUGGUGGUUCUAGCCCCCAUCGAUUGCACUGUUUCUGGGCCCAAUCAGAGAACAGUGAUUAUCUGUGUCUGACGGGCUUGGGGGACCUGGCUUAUCAUCUCUGAAGCCGCCCUGCCGGCAGGGGAGAGGUGCGCAGCUCGGAUGACUUUGCUGUGCUGGCGAGCUUUCACCCGAGUGCUUCUCUUGUAACCCCUUCCUUGGAGCUCUGAGAGGAAGGCUGCCUUCUGCUAGGUCGAAGGGACGCAGGUUUAUUAAGCGUAUAAGCAUUCUGUCUACACCAAAAUCCUGCCGAGUGUAAGCUGUGCUUUAUGAUAUGUUUUCAGCUUACUUCAUCACAGACUGAAAGAAGGUUUCAGUUUUUAAUUUUUUAAGAAAGCACGAAAAAUUAUUUAUAAUAGUCUGGAAAAAACCACACUGUAAUAUUUCAAAUGUCUGCAGUAGAAUGUAUUGUAACCGAGCCCUUUCCUGCAGGUUUUAGGCUCAAGUGUCUUCCCUAGGCAGUCCAGCUAGCUGUCUGUUCAGAGAUGCGGCUGUUGACGUGUGUGCUGUAGACCUGCUGCUGCUGAAUCCUUCUUGGGGCUUUCUCAUUAGGCAGGGAGCAGAGGGAAUUAGCUUCUAGUUAUUCAUGCAUCCUUUGCCCUACCACCCAUGUAGCUGCUGUGUUGUGUAUACACUACUUCUAAGGUGAGUGUGUGUCUGUGUGUGUUUUACAAAUCCCUUGUUUCUUAGUGAUUUCAGUUGUGCCAUGACUUCACUGAAACCUAUGGAAAACCUAACCUGAUUAGAGGUUUGACUAUUCUGAAAAUUAAAUGCAUAAUUUUUAUAUAAUGUGACCAGUUUACAUGUAGUUUAUAUCUUACUGUAGUUGUAUCUUUUUUUUUUUU